CCCGUGUGCCUGCGGAGCCGCGCCGGCAGCGGGAGGCGGAGCCGGCCCACCCCUAUUUAUGCUGAGCCCUGCCAGGAGCGGCGCCGUGAGUGUGGGGCGGAAGCGCCCGGCACCUCCUUCCUCCCGCCCGGGUGCAGGCGACGAGGAUGAGCCAAAGAGACACCCUGGUGCAUCUCUUUGCUGGCGGAUGUGGAGGUACUGUUGGUGCAAUUCUGACAUGUCCACUGGAAGUUGUAAAAACACGACUGCAGUCCUCUUCUGUGACUCUCUACAUCUCUGAAGUUCAUCUCAACACUCUGAAUGGUGCUACUGUCAACCGAGUAACCAGAGUUUCUCCUGGACCUCUCCACUGUCUGAAGAUGAUCUUGCAAAAUGAGGGCCCUCGUUCCCUGUUCAGAGGGCUGGGUCCUAAUUUAGUUGGCGUUGCUCCUUCCAGAGCAAUAUAUUUUGCUGCUUACUCAAAUUGCAAGGAAAAGUUGAACAAUAUUUUCAAUCCAGAUUCUACCCAGGUACACAUGAUUUCAGCUGGUGUGGCAGGCUUUACUGCUAUCACAACAACUAAUCCUAUUUGGUUGGUAAAGACACGAUUACAGCUUGAUGCAAGGAAUCGUGGAGAAAAGCGAAUGAGCGCAUUUGAGUGUGCCCGCAAAGUUUAUCACUUGGAUGGCUUUAGAGGCUUUUACCGGGGAAUGUCUGCGUCCUAUGCAGGCAUAUCUGAGACUGUUAUUCACUUUGUCAUUUAUGAGAGUAUUAAGAAAAAAUUACUGGAGCAUAAGACUGCUGCUGCCAUGGACAAUGAGGAUGAAUCAGCAAAAGAAGCAUCGGACUUUGUUCGAAUGAUGAUGGCUGCUGCCACUUCCAAAACAUGUGCAACAUCAAUAGCAUAUCCCCAUGAGGUUGUACGAACAAGACUAAGAGAAGAGGGAACAAAAUACAGAUCUUUCUUCCAGACACUCUCUUUGCUUGUGCGAGAGGAAGGGUAUGGCUCCCUUUACCGAGGUCUAACUACACACCUGAUCAGACAGAUUCCAAACACGGCUAUCAUGAUGUCCACCUAUGAAGUUGUAGUCUACUUACUUGAUGGAUAGCAGUGUGACAAGGUGGAAGAAGGUGGAAGACUGAAAGACUGGAGUGGACCACUGAAUGUCAAUGCCAAUGUGGUGGGCUAAAGGAGCAUUGUAUCAGGAGCAAGCAGCUGUGGACAAAACAGAAGGUUGAUUGUGGGCAACUCUGAAUAGUUUUGCUGCCUUUCUUGUGUGGUCUCAUGUCAAUGUGACAAAUGGGAACUUCCCCUUAGGGAAUGCCUUCAUACAUCUCUUAAUUCAGAAUUAUUUUCUUUUCAUGUGUUAAACUAGACAAAGCCAUUGAGUCAUCUUCAGAGACCUGAUGGGUGAGGGGGGGGACGUGAAGUAUGUUGCUGGGCAGUCCUGUUACCUUCUCUUAGUGAUUGCUCUCAACUACAUCAUUUUUGUUCUGUUUUACUGCACAGUAACCUAUUGGGCAAGACAGUACUUUUAUAGCUUUCUAUACCUGAAACUUCCAUUUAGUUGCUCUGAAGAUUCAUAAAGAGACUGAGGUAGUGUGGUAA